CUUCAAAUUACAAGUGGGCCAAAUAAAGCCCAUCACUUUCCUGGGCUUCCAUACAAAAAGCUCCUAGGGUUCCAUCACCACCCCUCUUCACUGACGCCGCCGAAGCAGCAGCAGCACACCGUCGUCGCUCCAACCCGAUCAAAUGGCGCCAAAGAAGGAGAAGGCCCCGGCACCGUCGUCUAAGCCAGCGAAAUCCGGCGGUGGAAAGCAGAAGAAGAAGAAAUGGAGCAAGGGGAAGCAAAAGGAGAAAGUGAAUAAUAUGGUGUUGUUCGAUAAAGCUACUUAUGAUAAGUUGCUUGUGGAAGCUCCCAAGUUUAAGCUCAUUACUCCUUCCAUUCUAUCCGAUCGUCUUAGGAUUAAUGGAUCACUUGCAAGGAAAGCAAUCAGGGAACUGAUGGCUAGAGGUGCUAUCAGGAUGGUUUCUGCACAUGCAAGCCAGCAGAUUUACACCAGGGCUACCAAUACUUGAACAACUCCUUUUUCUUUUCUUUUUGAGGAGUCAGUUUUGUUGUUUGUUUUUAUCAAGAUUUGCUUUGUGUUGGUAUAAUUCAUUAUUGUGUUAUUGUUCAACCAAGUAGAAAUGAAUGGCUUUUGUUCUAAGCUUA